AUGAGCGCUUCUGCCCUCGGUGCUGCGCUCUUCCGUCAACACACCGCCAUGAUGCAGUCUCAGCAGCAGCAGCAACAGCCUGCUGCCCCUACCGCCGACAACACUCGCGCGCAAGCAACCCCGGCCGCUGCGACCACUACUGCCACCACCACCACCACCGCCAACUGCUACGGCUACCACAACACCUUCCACACCCACGCCCAGCCCGCCGACCUAAAUGCCAAACCCCCCGCCUACGCUCCGCGCCAGCCUGCGGAGAAGCCCGCCCGCGACGCUCUGCCAAGCUACUCGUGCUCCGUGCUGUUCGAAGGGCCGCUGGGUAUCAAGACCGAAUAUAUCAACUUCUUCGACAAGCCGUGCCCGAAGGAGCGCCAAUGGCAAGACGUCUAUGUCGUUCUGCGCGGCACCCAACUUAGCAUCUACCGUCUCAAGACCGGCCUAUUCUCCUCCAAGACAAAGAAGGCCGUGCCUGGCAGGCUAAUCCGCACCUAUUCGCUCCAACACGCCGAGCUAGGACUCGCCCUGGAUUUCAAGAAGACCGAUCUCAUUCCCAAGUCGCCAUUGGCAAAGCUGGUCCCGCUAAAUUCGCGCCAGGCCGUGUACCAGACCGACCCGCACCUCUUCUGGCCAAUUCGCGAGCACGUGAUGCGGCUGCGCCUGGAGGCCGAUCAGCUGCUGCUGUGUGCUGCCGAGCAGGAGGGAAUGCUGAACUGGGUCGAGCAGCUGUGCGCUGCCGUUGACAUCAGCUCGCCCCUGGAGGACCGGAGCGAACCCCGUUACCGCAGCCUCCCAAGGCGAGGACGCCGGCAGAGGCAGCUGGACGGCCGCCAGACCCGCCAGGAUGCCAUCGAUCUGAACGCCAGGAGACUGCUCGCCGAGCAGGAGCGCAUCAUCAGGACCAUGUACCCGAACCUUGCCCGAGACGCCGAGGAAGAGCAGCCAGAACAGCCGGAGCAGCCCCUCGGCGAAGCCGACGGCGACGCUGAGGAUUUUGCCAUGGACCUGCUCUUCCCCAACAGGCCUUCUUCGCCGCGCCCUGGCAACAUUUCCAACAGCAGCACCCAAAAUAUGGAUGACGCAACUGACCGCACCACAAGUCGCCGAGCUUCGGUGGAUUCUCAGCUUGCCCCCACUUCGGCCAAGUAUCCCUUGACCGAAAACCCGCAACCUUCGGCAUCCUCCACUCUCCGCUACCGCCGGCGCUGCGCUCCGGUGCUACUGGCAAACUCGCCCCGUGCGAGCGAUGUUCUGUUCUGCGACGGCAUGCGCGUUCGCGUCAACGUGAAGAAGCAGAUUGUCAUGGAGUUUCACGAAUCGCCUCCUCAUUACAGCGCCCACCGCUUCACCGCAGCCGACCGCGAGGCCGCUCUUCGCACCAACGCCCGCCCAGAUGUCCGGCGCGAGGCCUCCAACGACAGCGUUGCAAUGUCUUUCCACAGGGACGCCGACGCUGACCUUACCCCGGUCGCUAGCCGCAGCACUCAGCAGCGAUCAGAACUUGACGACAUUGAGUCGCACCAAGCUGACCAACAAGUGCACGAGAGCACGCCCCCUAGCCCCGCUCCGGUGCAGCUCACCAAGGUCGAAACCGAAGGCGAGCGCAGCGAGCGUCGCUUGUUGGACAGGGUCAAGGGCCCCCUCACGGGUGUUGCCGAGGCAUUCGGCGGCCUCGUCGUCUAA